GUCAGAUAACAGAUUAGUAUGAAAAUUAGAAAUUGAUAUUUCAGGUUCAGUCGAGCUCAGAAUUCAGCAUACAAUAAUAUCUGAUAAAAUAUCUAUCUUUAUUUGAUAUUAAAAUUUGAAUCCUCAGCCAAAUUUUAAAUUAGCAACAAGCCCUGUGGAGGUUCAUUUGUCUUGAUUCAAUUGAGUGAUAAUAAAGUAAACACAAACUUAGUUCCUACCAGUAAUUCCUAUGAAGGAUAUCUUCAGAAAUAACGUAUAUUAACAGGAACUCACAUCAUAAAUUAUAAAGCUGGCGUCCGAGAACUAUCCAAAGAAAAUGCUUGAUGGGUGGUACUGCCGCUCUAUGGCUAAUAUGCAAGCUAAUGAAGAGGCAAGUGUAAAUAGCAGUAGUGCUGUUGCCGAUACCUCUCAAGCAGAUUCAAAUAAAGAUUAUUCUAGUGAAAGCAGUAGUGAUCCAGAGCCUGAACCAAAUUAUAGAGCACAAUACUUGGCUCUAAAAAAGAAAUUGAAAUAUUUGAUAUAUGAAAAUGAAUGCUUUCAAGAUGCUUUGAGAUCCAGUCAGAAGAGGUUGUUAAAAGUUUCAAGAGAUCGAACUUUUUUAUUAGAUAGAUUACUGCAGUAUGAAAAACCUGAUAGUUCUACCUCUGAAAGUGAAGACACAGAGUCAUCUGAUGAUACAAGUUGUACCAAUACAGAAUCAGUGAAAAGAAAGAAAAUGGAAGCCAAUGCUUGUCAACCAGCUUUAUCAACACCAUCUUCAGUGAAUAAAGGUCUCAAUAGUAAUAUCAAAAGGAAAAGAGCAGUUGUUCCUAAAAAACCUACAAAUGCUAAUCAUCCUCAAGGUAGUACCAACUCACAGGCCAAAGCUUCACCAGCUCUUGGAUUUGGACUAACAGCAAGCGAUGGCCAUAUGACUCCCGAGGAAGUAGAACGUCAUCUACAAUCUAGACAAACAUAUUUAAAGUUAUUACCUGAGCGUGCACCACCAACUGUGCCCACAGAGAUGUUUAGCAAUGAUCCAUCACUAGACAGUGAAUCGAAUGAUGUGCUGGAAAAUUCACCAAAUGUGGAGGAAUGGUUUGAUUAACAAUAUCUCACAAGUUCGAUGGAAAUUGAUUGUAUAGUACAUCGAACAUCAAUAAUUUUAAAUUUAGGAACUUUUGUAGUUUGUGACUGUAAUAGGACAGAUAUGGAAAUGAUUUUAAAAUAUUCAUACACAUUCAAUCCUGUCAGACAAUGUACUAAUAAAAAUUGUUUUUCUGAAUCCAUGUAUCUCAUAUUAAGCAGUCUUAUAAAUAAAAGAGUUCUUAAAUGUG